ACAGCACAACAAGGAAGUGUCAUGGCGGCCGCCGCAGUGGAAAGUGGGAGCUGGUUUUUUGCUUUAGCACUGGGAGUUUCCCUUCUCAAAGUUCUGUUUAUCAACGCCUAUCAUUCCACAGAUUUUGAGGUGCACAGGAACUGGUUAGCCAUCACUCACAGUCUGCCAGUGUCCAGGUGGUACCAUGAGAACACUUCUGAGUGGACCCUGGACUACCCGCCGCUGUUCGCCUGGUUCGAGUUCAGUCUUUCCAACAUAGCUCAGUACUUCGAUAAGAACAUGUUGGUGGUGGAGAACCUCAACUACGCUAGUCCGGCCACCGUCCUUUUCCAGAGAUUUUCUGUAAUCUUCACUGAUGUCCUUUUUAUCUAUGCUGCAAAAGAGUGCUGCAGGUGUGUUCAGGAUCAAAAAGGCACUCGAGACAUCCUCAGUCGUCCGUCUUUUGUCCUGGCUGUGCUGCUGCUGUGGAACUUUGGUCUUCUCAUUGUUGAUCAUAUUCAUUUUCAGUAUAAUGGCUUCCUGUUUGGUUUCCUGCUGCUGUCAGUAGCCAAACACUUGCAGUCCCGGCACCUGCAAGGGGCGCUGCUGUUUGCCAUCCUCCUCAACUUAAAACACAUCUACUUGUACGUGGCGCCUGCGUACGGUGUCUUUCUGCUGAGGAGUUACUGUUUCACUCAGGAUAACAGCGACGGCUCCAUCAGAUGGAGGAGUUUCAGUUUGCUUCGUAUGCUGGCUCUUGGCAGCAUUGUCUUCACCGUCUGCGCACUUUCCUUUGGCCCGUUUGUCAUCAUGGGUCAAGUUCCUCAGGUACUGUCUCGUCUCUUCCCCUUCAAGCGAGGCCUCUGUCACGCCUACUGGGCGCCAAAUGUCUGGGCCCUCUACAACAUCCUUGAUAAAAGCUUGGCCACGCUUGGUAUUCGUCUGAAGCUUUUAGAUGAGACAAAGCUUCCUCGGGCCUCCAUGACAGGCGGCUUGGUUCAAGAGUUCCAACACUCUGUCCUGCCCUCUGUGUCUCCAUCCAUCACCCUCGUUUGCACUCUGUUGUCCAUCCUGCCUGCGGUGGCAACCAUCUGGCUGCGUCCCCGCGGUGCUCGCGGUUUUCUGCGCUGCCUGCUGCUCUGCGCUCUUGGCUCCUUCAUGUUCGGCUGGCAUGUCCACGAGAAAGCCAUCCUCAUCGCCAUUCUGCCUCUCAGCCUGCUGGCGGUCAAUAGCAGAGAGGAUGCUGGCAUCUUCUUGGUUCUGACCACAACCGGACACUACUCGCUGUUCCCGCUGCUCUUCACCCCAGCAGAGUUGCCCAUCAAAUUUGCACUUAUGUUGAUGUUCACCAUCUUCUCUUUUGCUGCUCUGGGGAGAAUACAUAGUGGACAGGGGUCUCUACUGCGCCCCUUUGAGGUCGUCUACCUGUCUGGCCUGGUUGCUGUGGCGGUUACCUGCGAGCUCAUCUUUCCCCUGUCGCCGUGGCAACAGAAACUACCCUUCCUCCCCCUGCUCGUGACGUCAGUCUACACCUCGCUGGGUGUGUGCUACUCUUUCCUGCGUCUCUACGCCAGUCUCCUGCGACCACAGCAGCAGGUCCACAAAUCCAAACAGCUGUGAGGGAGGCUCGAUUCCUGCGCUAAGCCAGACGUGAACUGUUGUCUCAAUCAGGUAACAAGCAGAAACAUCAUGCCUUUGGACCCAUAUGGUGUCUGUUUCCCAGUCCAGUUGAUUAUGAAUUUGCCUUGAGGAAAAAAAUCUGGCCAAAACUGACACACAAUGUGGACAUAAAGAUGUUUUUUUUUUAAUUUUUUAAAUAUUUUACCUGAAUAAAAAGUACAUAUUUGAAAGAAUAACGUUUUA